AUGGCUCUGACAUCAUGGAAAGCGUUCAACUUCUUUGACGUCUCCUCGGUCAAACUUCCAGAAGACUGCUCGUCAAUAUUAAAGUCCGGUCUCACCUCUCUCAGCGCCGGCUCCUCUAAUCUCUUCGUCGCAUCUACCGAUGGCGUGGUACACACCGUCUCCGCCGGAUUCAAGAUCGUGCGAUCUUUCAAGGCAGCGGACAAUGGCUCCAUUACGCAUAUGAAACAGAUAGAAGGCACGUCACUGCUUAUAACCAUUGCGGAAGACCUGCCCAACGAGCCCGUGCUGAAAGUGUGGGCGCUCGACAAACCUGAGAAGAAAACCGGAGUUCCGCGUUGCUUGUCUACAACGUCGAUACAGAAUGCGCGGAGGCCCUUUCCUAUAUCUUCCUUCGCGGCUCUGGAAGAUUUGUCACAGGUAGCGGUGGGAUUUGGCAACGGAUCGGUCACAAUAAUUCGCGGCGACUUGAUCCAUGACCGUGGCGCCCGACAACGCAUUGUCUUCGAGUCGGAGGAGCCGAUUACUGGGCUCGAGGUACAAAGCGGGGCGUUAUCGACACUCUUUAUCUCGACAACGAGUCGAAUAUUGACCUUGGUCAUCUCCGGCAGAGGACAAGGUCAACCGGCGCGUGUAUUGGAUGACUCUGGCUGCAGUGUUGGCUGCAUGGCGCUUGACAAAGACACCGGAGAUAUUGUUGUUGCUAGAGAGGACGCUAUAUACACCUAUGGGCCGCAUGGACGUGGCCCGAGCUAUGCAUUUGACAGCCCGAAGAACUCGAUCAACGUUUUCAGAGACUAUGUGGCCUUGGUGUGUCCUCCAAGGACUAGCUUGGGAAAUCUUCGCAGCCAGGCCGACGAGAUUUUCAGCACAGCGACUUUCACCCUGCUUGAUACGGAUCUCAAGUUUAUAGCUCAUUCGGAAUCUCUGGCAGGGUCUGUUAAGCAUGUUUUCAUAGAAUGGGGCGACUUGUUUCUCCUUUCGACAGAUGGAAAGAUAUACCGUUACCGUGAAAAGAGCCUCCAGCAGAAGCUGGAGAUACUCUACCAACGCAAUCUUUACAUUCUGGCCAUCAAUCUCGCGCAGAAAAAAGGGAUUGAUGCUCUACAGCAGAAUGCGAUCUAUCGCAAGUAUGGCGACUUUCUCUACCAGAAAGGCGAUUACGACACGGCCAUGCAGCAAUACCUACGGGCUAUUGACAAUACUGAACCGUCGCAGGUUAUACGGAAGUACCUUGAUACGCAGCGUAUUCAUAACCUGAUUGAGUAUCUUGAAGAACUUCACGAUCAUGACCGAGCUACCGUUGAUCACACCACGCUUCUUCUAAACUGUUACGCCAAGCUCAAAGAUACGGACAAGCUAAAUUCCUUUAUCAAAGCUCCAGGAGAGCUCAAGUUUGACCUGGAGACUGCCAUCGCUAUGUGCCGACAAGGAGGGUAUUAUGAGCAGGCAGCCUAUUUGGCUACAAAAUACGGUGAAAAUGACAUGGUCAUUGAUAUCCUGAUUGAGGAUUCAAAGAAGUACGCUGAAGCUGUGGAAUACAUCUGGAGGCUUGAGCCGGACUUGGCUUACCAUAACCUGAUGAAAUAUGCCCGGGUACUGCUGGCAAAUUGCCCUCAAGAGACUACGGAACUCUUCAUGGCGUACUAUAAGGGGCAGUAUAGGCCAAGAACAGAGGUGGAGGUCCCAGCCGCACCCCAGACACAGCCAACCAGUACUUUGCAAAGCUUGGCCGGUUUCCUUCCUUUGUCUCUGAUUAACGCGGGUUCCGGAACGAAGGCUGAAAAGCCCAAGGUUAUUCUUGAUGAGGAGACAAAAAUUGAAGAACCGACACCAAGCUAUGAAAUUCCGAGACCAAGGACAGCUUUCUCGGCUUUUGUGGGCCGUCCGCAAGAAUUCAUUGCUUUCCUGGAGUCGCUCAUCGACCUGGAAACGCUGAAGGAGGAGGACAAAGUCGACAUUUAUACAACACUCUUUGAGAUGUACCUGGACACAGCAAAUCGAAAGAAGGGUUCUGCUGAGAAGGAAGAAUGGGAAAAUAAAGCCAAAACUCUCAUCGAAGGGAAAGACAUUCCGAUAUCGACUUCAAACGUCCUUCUCUUAUCAGAUCUGUCUAAUUUCCGAGAGGGAUCAACACUCGUACGUGAGCAAGAAGGGCUGCGGUCUGACAUCUUCCGGUCAUUUACCUCGGCAAAGGACACCCACGGAGCUAUCAGAGCUCUGCGGAAAUAUGGACCAGAAGAGCCUCAGCUAUAUGUGGACGCUCUGACAUACUUCGCUUCAAGUCCGGCCAUCCUUGAGGAAGCUGGCGAUGAACUCGACGUGGUACUCAAAAGGAUCCACGAUGACGGAUUGAUGUCGCCAUUACAAGUAAUACAAGCAUUGAGCAACAACUCUGUGGUUACCAUGGGCCGAGUCAAGAAGUAUCUCAGCGACAACAUUGAGCGCGAGCGGAAAGAGAUCUCCACUAAUCGCCGCCUGGUAUCCAGCUACAGCUCGGAAACCGAGAAGAAAAGGCAAGAAAUCGAGCAACUGGGUACUAAGCCCGUUGUUUUUCAGGCCCGUCGGUGCAACGCGUGCGGUGGAGCUCUGGACCUUCCUACUGUGCACUUCCUCUGCAAGCACUCAUUUCAUCAGCGCUGUCUCAAUAAGGUGGAUGAAGAUGCAGAAUGCCCGAUGUGCGCGCAAGAAAUCUCCACCAUCAAGGCUAUCAGGAGGAGACAAGUGGAGUCAGCAGAUCAACAUGAUCUCUUCAAGGGGGAACUUCAACGAGCCAAGGAUCGAUUCGGCGUGGUGAGUGAGUUCUUCGGUCGGGGUGUGAUGCGACCGCAGAGUACCAUGGAAUCUUGA